AUGCUUCGUCAAGAUUAUAAUCCAUAUUCAUUUUUUGAAUCAAAUACUUCAUUAAAUUAUGGUAUUAUGAUACUUAAUUAUUCAUUGGAUAGUCUUCGAAAUUUAUUAAAAAAAGAUAUAUGGAAUAAAGCUCUUAUUCGGGGUUGUGUUGAUGGUGGUUCAAAUAUACUUAAAAUUUAUUCAAAUGAAAUAAAUGAAAAUUUCUUACCAGAUUAUAUUAGUGGUGAUUUUGAUUCAAUUACUCAACAAACAUAUGAAUAUUAUAAAUCAAUAUCAACUAUUAAUUUUAUUAGUACUCAAAAUCAAAAUGCAACAGAUUUUACAAAAUGUGUUGAUAUUAUGAUGGAAAAACAUUCAACAUUAAAUAAUCUUUUAGUUUUUUGUUCAUUAGGUGGUCGAUUUGAUCAUACAAUAGGUAUAAUACAUACAUUAUAUAUACUUAAUAAUAAUUAUCCUAAUUUACAAAUAUAUUUAAUAAAUGAUCAUGACAUUGUUUUUUUAUUACAUGCUAAUAAAUUAAAUAGAAUUCAUAUUCAAUCAAAAUAUAAUGGUAAUAUAUGUAGUUUAUUACCAAUUGGUCAAUCAGCACAUGUACAAACUAAUGGACUUCGAUGGAAUAUAAAUAAAACUCAAGAAUUAAAUUUUACUAAACUUGUUAGUUCAUCAAAUACAUAUGAAUCAACAACAACACCUUAUGUUGAUGUUCAUACGGAUAAUGAUAUUAUUUGGACAAUGACAUAUAUAUGUGAUAAUAAAUGA